GUUCAGUAGAAACCAAUUAGUCAUUUCUGGCUGUGACUUUGGUGUGUCCAGUCAGUCAGUCAGCCGUUCAAUCAGUCUGUCGGUCAGUUGGCAUCACCACCAGCAUGGCGCAAGACCCCAAGCUAAUCAGUAAAAUGCUGGGAAUUCUGGCUAUUGUGUUCAUUUGUAUCAUCAUUAUUCUGUGUGUGGUGUCCAGCUCCAAGGAAAGUUCAAGGAGCCGCAUGACAUCCGACCAGGAACCAAAAAGUCAAGAUCGCGAAGGCAUUAUUCCAAUCACCAGCACCACUCCUGAAACCACCACAACCACUCCUAAAACCUCCACAACCACUCCUAAAACCACCACAACCACUCCUAAAACUACCACAACCACUCCUACAACCACCACAACCACUCCUAAAACCACCACAACCACUCCUGAAAUUACUUCUUCUCCUCCUCCACCUCUACCAGAAACUGCAUCUACCACUGAAAUCAUCACCACCACUCCUAAAACUACUAACAUUACUGAUAAAUCUGAGGAUGAUACCACCAACAUUACUUCACCAACUCCAGCUGUCACUGAAACUAGUAACAUUACUGAGGAUAAUACCACAAACAUUACUUCAACUCCAGCUGUCACUGAAACUAGUAACAUCACUGAGGAUGGUACCAGCAACAUCACUUCACCAACUCCAGCUGUCACUGAAACUAGUAACAUCACUGAGGAUGGUACCAGCAACAUCACUUCACCAACUCCAGCUGUCACUGAAACUAGUAACAUCACUGAGGAUGGUACCAGCAACAUCACUUCACCAACUCCAGCUGUCACUGAAACUAGUAACAUUGAUAAAUCCGUGGAGAGUAAAUCGCCUGCCUAUGUGAGUCAGGCGAGCGACAUGCUUGCAAUGAUGAACUCUACUCAGAAGGCUUGUGAGAAUUUCUACCACUACGCCUGUGGAGGAGUGAUGAGCAAGCCAUACAUCAAGCCAAGGCAGCCCAGCACCACAGCAAGGAUGAUGAUCAAAGAGGAGCUGGAGAGGCAGAACAGCAACGACACGAGCACUGGUGCGGGCAAGAUGAAGGCUUUGUAUGACAGCUGCCUCAACCCAGGGAGUCAGGAUGCCAAGAAGGACUGGGUUAAACCUAUCAAGGACAUGUUUGGGAACUAUGCAUUCCGUAGCGACACAAACUUUUCCUUUGACCUGAGUGAAGCUUUGGGCUACAUGAUGAAUAAAGGAUUCAUGCCAUUCUUCACCAUGAAGCUUGAUAUCAAUCCUAUGAACAGAGAAGCCUUCAUAUUGAGCAUACAUCCCACUGUGCCCGGCUCACGUUUCACUGAAGACCUGGCCAGGAAGGUUUGCUUGGAGAGACACCAUGCCUACCUCCUAUCCCAGGAUGAUGAUUUCUCCUAUAAUGUUGCUGAAGAAUAUGACAAAUUUAGAAAGUGUGUGGGAAGUGGGGAUGGACUGGAGGCAAGACUGGUCAGAAUGAAGGAUGCUGUGGUUCGGCUGCAACUCAUGAACGACCUGAAUGAUGAGAAUGCAAAGACACUGUUGCAUCAAACUAUAAGCAACACAAAGCAGUUCUUGACAGAGCUUUCUGAAAAGCUGCCCAAUGUACCAGACCUCAUCUUAGACCUUGCUAACAGAGACUUUUGUUCCACUGAUUUUGUCACUGAUAUUGAAGACACGCCUAUCAACUGGAAGAAAGUGCUCAUGAAAUUCCUCAACAUCAGUGAUACAAACAUUGAUUCGUACGAAAUUUCAAGAUACUGCGGCUUGGAUAACAUAAUUAAGGUGCUGUAUGAGCAUAGCAGAAGCCCACAAGAAAUGAACAACAUCCUGCUGCUGCUGUGGGCCGAGCGUAUCUACACAGACUUUAUAGAGCCGGUGGAGACCAGUGUGGGGAAUCCAGAGUACUGUCUCAACGCUGCCAUUGCCCUCAUGGAAGACACCGCCUCCGUUCUCUACCUGCAGGCUGUGGCUCCAGACGUCAAAGCUCGCGAUGCACAGAUUGACACAAUUGCAAAGAGCAUCAAGUUGGAAGGAGUAAGGCAGAUGGAGACCUACACUCAAAAAGAAGUCCUCCAGGAGAAGCUGGAAGACAUGAUGGACAAUGUGGUUAAACUCAACAUAGAGGAAGGCAUAUCCACAAGUAGCAUGGAGCAGGUCAGCCUGAAUGGUGACUUCCUACACAACAGCCUGGUGCUCCUUGCCCAUCGCAGCACUCUCACCAAGAAGUCCUAUGAUAACGGCCCAAAUGAUAAUUACAAGGUGUUUGCACGUCCCUAUGACCCAUCUGGUUUCUACAGCUACCCACUCAACAGAAUCAUGAUCCCAUACGCCACACAGGAACCCUUCCACACACUCAGCCAACUGCCAGAAUACCUCCAGUACGCCACUGUGGGUCACCAAAUCAGUCACCUCUUGUGGCAUGGCUAUGAUACCUCAGGAAAAGGCUUCAAUAAAUAUGGAAAGGGAAAUUUACAGGAUAUGAUGUUACCGAACAGUAUUCUCAAGGACAGCUAUAUUGGUCCAAGAAACUACACAAACCACAAAGGUCUCACAGCAAACUAUAAUAUGACGGACUUGACACGCAAUGAAAUCUGGGCCGACGUGAAGGGAAUAGACUUGGCAUGGCAUGCUUACGUCAACAGGAACAGAAAGGAACCAACAGAUGAGUCAGAAAGAUUGCAAUAUGUAAACUAUGAGCAUAAGAGAAGUCGCCGCACAGCCAACCUCUAUCCCUCUCAAGAACUGGACCUUCCAUUCCUCAACAUGACCCAUGAACAGUUGUUCUACCUUCAAUGGGCUCAGCAAUACUGCAGUGACACCAGUGACCUGAGAAUGCUGGAGGUGAUGGAGAGCAGACAGCCACCUGGCAUAGAGAGGGUGAACUUUGUGACAGCAAUGAGUGAAGGGUUCAAAAAAGCAUUCCAAUGUCCUACAAUAGAAGUGCAGGGUUGACUGGCCUGCCAAUCACUGACACCCAGUGACUUACUGACUUCAAAAUAUUAGUUAGUCAAGAAUUAAAUAUGUGAGUUAGACUUAACUAAGAAUUAAGAGAUCUUUUUUCAGGUCACUCUGCCAACAACUGUUUAAACUGAAUGCCUUGGAAAUCUUAGUGAGUUGGUCAGAACUUUGGGUUUUGUUAUAAUCCCUUGCAAGUAUUAGUUAGUCAAAAAUGGAGAGGAUAUUUGCUUAUAACUGAAUGCCUUGCAAAUAGUUCACAGAGCAAAAACUAUUCAAACAUUUAUGACUGUAAGAAAUAUGGAAAUUUCUUCAUUCUUCACUUUGCUCAUUGUUAAGUCCAUGCUGUCUGUUUGUCCAUGGUAAUUACUACAUGUAAGGUACUGUUUGCCAAGACAAGCAAAAUAAAAGUACAGGGGAACCUUGUGAUUCGACUUUGCAGUUCAAAUUAUCGCCAAUUCGAACUCGGUUAAUUAAUACCCAAUCCUCAAGGUUUGCCUGAUUGACAUUCAUUCAUAUCUCGCGUGCCACCCACCCGGUCAAAUCUGCUGCCACCCUAAAUUUGCCGCCAGCCUGCCAGGAUGUGUGUAAAUGCUUCGGUUGAAUUCAAAGCAACAGUACUUUUUUUUCACUGACACUGAAGCACCGAAAGGAUGCAACACUAUGUCACUGAUGUGUGUGAAUCAGCCUUAAACCGAUGCUACCUGGAGUGCGUUGCUUGUCCAGACAGGCCAUGCUCUGCCGUUCCAACUCCUGCCUCCAUGCCACUUCAACCAUACUGCGCAAAGCCCAAGCCACCUCCAGCCCCAGUCCUAAGAAGCACAAUUUCCUGCCUUUCAAAGAUAAGCUUGAGCUUAUAAGAAAGUGUGAGGCAGUUAUAGCUCAGUGUCGUUGCAGUGCAAAUGGGUGUUCCUAGAUCAACAGUAUCAACAAUUUGUAAGAACAAGGACAAGUACCGCAAGACUGCUGCAUCAUACAAGUGUUUUUAUUUCCAAAAAUGUAUUGUACUGCACCCUAAUGUGUUUAAUGAAAAAAAUUAGAUAUAAAUGAAGUCUUUAAUAGUAUGUACUGAUUCAGUGUAAGUUAGUGAUUUUUAGAGGUUAUAGUGAUGUUUUGGCGGUCUAUGCUGGAGGCUAGUCCCUAUCCCCCCUAAUUCUUAAGUAUCCUGUGGGAAAAAUUGCUUCAUGAUUCAAAUAAAUGCUGAUUCGACCGCUGAAAAACCGCCCUAACCCCAUCGAAUUGCAAGGAUCCUCUGUAUUCAAAGUAUAGUAAGUCCUCGUUAUACGGUACAUAUGCGUUCCUGAAAACCUUACAGCAUAUCGAAUUUACCAUAUACUGAACUCAUUAUAACAUGUAAUAAUAGUGAAUAUGUUCCAGCAGGUCGAAAGUCACCCCUACAGAAAUGAAAAUACAUGAAAAUAAUAAUAAAAAAAAGUAAAG